AUGGCCGGGGGUUGUUUGCACAUAAUUAAUAAUAAUAAUAAUAAUAAUAAUUAUUAUUAUUAUUACUAUUAUUAUUAUCUCCUGGUCGGGAUGUGCUUGUGGUUACGACGUGGCAGCGCCGGAGGGCGGGCCUGGACGCGCGGCGACUGGGCGCGGCCAACCCACUGGCUGGCUCUCGGCUCUCACACACAGACACACACACACACAGCGCGCCGCCGCCGCCGCUGCGUUGGUGUGAGUGCGUGGGUCGUGGCGUGUCGGGGCGGGGCGCGGUUCCAAAGAAAGAAGGCGCUCCACUGGCUGGCUGGAGCUGGAGCCGGGCAAGCGCUGAUCAUUCUGCCUCCGCCAGCCCUCCGCCCGAGUCUGCCUUUGCCAGCCGCUGCCGCCGUCGGCGCCUGCAGAGCGGGUGGUCUGCGGGAUCUGGUUUGCCUGCACGUCGCGCAGCAUUCAUUACCGUUAACGAGGUCCAUGAGCGAGCGCUCGGCGCGGCGCGGCGCUCGGGGCAGGGCUGGGCUAGGCUGGGAUGGGCUGCGUGCCGAAGCAGCCGCUGUACCAUCAAGGAUGGACUUCGCAGCCGCAGCCGUGGCCUUCGGGCUCCGCCCAUGCAUGCGGGGCCUGGUGACGUCGUCUUGCCUCCUCAGCUGUCGCCAGCGGGACUUCUUGCCUGGGCGAAACUGGGGUCGCACUGAAUUUGUUACGCUCCUGCUCAAUUUGUCACAAUUAGUCGUCACUGUGCGGAGAUCCACUUGUCCGCCCCUCCCACUCGCGGUAGAGAUACUGUCAGCGUGGGCGUAA